AUGCCGUCUGUCCACCGUGCCGUCUCUCCCAUCUGCCUUUCCCCCCCUUCCUCUUCCCCCCACCCCGCUCCAACAGCUAGUGUGUGGUUUCUUCCGCCGGCCCGCGCAUCUGACUCCGCACCCGCGCCUCUCAUUGUCGGAAGCGGCGGCGCACGACGCCAGCAGCUCUCCCUGCGCUUCGGCAUGCCGUCUCACCGUGCCAGGAGAGGGUCUCUGCCUUUCCCUCCGUGCCUCUUUCCCCCAAUCCUGCUUCAACAGCUCGUGUGCGGGUUCUUCCGCCGCCCCGCGCACUUAACUCCGCACCCGCGCCUCUCGCUGGCGGAAGUGGCGGCGCACGACCGCUGCCAGCAGCACUCCCUGCGCUUCCGCAUGCUGCCGCGCGCGCAGCAGCGCCUGUUGUGGGCGCGUUGCGGGCGUUCGUGGAAGCUUCUGCUGCGCUUCCUUAUUACCAGCGACGCCUGCAUCAGGCACGGCCAGCCCCAGGUGGCAGCGGGGUGUGCGCACAGCGUAGCGGUGGGGCGCGGUGGAGAGGUGUGGACGUUCGGGCAUGGUUCGGCAGGGCAGCUGGGGAGACCCCUGGCUGCUGCUGGCAGUGCUGGUGCGGCUGCUGGUGGUACUGCUGGUGCAGCUGCUGCUGCUGGUUAUGCCAGUUUUGCCGCUGCUGCUGCUGCUGCUGUUGGUGGUGUUGGUGGGUUUGCUGGGCUUGCGAACGAUGUGACAACCACUCUGGCAACCACUGCAACAGGGGCUGUGACUGUGACUUUAAGGAGUGGGCUUGAAAGGGGGCUGGUGGGGAGCAGUGAUGCGUCCGCGGAACCUUCCUGGAAGCCACAGAUUGUGAGGUCGUUGCUGGGAGUGCGAGUGGUGCAGGCAGCAGCAGGCCGGGCGAGGACAAUGCUAGUCACAGACACAGGCUCGGUGUAUCACUUCGGCAGGGACUGCUUCGGCGACCAGGAAUACUCCCUCACCUCCCCCGAGCCUGUUACCGAGCCUCGGCUCGUGCAUUCGCUUCGGCACAUUCAAGUCGUCCAGGUCGCGUUGGGGAAUUUCUUCACGGCAGUUCUCUCAGCGGAAGGCCGCGUCUUCACUCUCUCUUGGGGCGGCCGGGGGGACGGCAGCAGUGCCCUCUGCGCUCUUUCAAUGCCCCUCUCUCUGCUGCUUUCACCCCUUCCGCCAUGCAGGUCGCGUUGGGGAAUUUCUUCACAGCAGUGCUUUCAGCUGAGGGCCGCGCUUUCACUCUCCGUUGAGGUGGCGUUGGGGAAUUUCUUCACAGCAGUGCUUUCAGCUGAGGGCCGCGUCUUCACUCUCUCUUGGGGCGGCCGGGGGGAUGGCAGACGUACCACCAUCACUGCUGCUGCUGCUGCUGCUGCCGCUGCCGCUGCCGCUGCUGCUGCUCCUGCUGCUGCGGCUGCUGCUUUUCCUGUUGCUGCUGUUUCCGCGAAUUCUGAUGCUGAUGGCGAUGCGAGCCAGAGCUUUAAUGAUGCUGUGGCAGCAGGCAGUGAGAUCCGAGGCGAGAGGCUCGGGCACGCCACCGACCCUGCGGAUACCGUGCCUCGGCAGCUGGCCGGGCCUGGGAUGAGCGCCGUGCUUGGGCUGGGUGGAGGGGGGAGAGGAGGGGGUUGUGGAGGGAGGAAGGGGAGGCUUGGUAGGAGGGCGGGAAAGGGCGUGGGAAUGAAAGGAAAGGGGUUGGUAGGAUGUUGUGGAGUCACGGGGUGCAGUAGUGUGGGAAGUGGUGAUGGUGCAAGUGGUGAUGGUGCUAGUGGUGCUGGUGCUGCUGGUGCUGGUAGUGCUGGCUGUGGCAGCUGCAAGAGUGGUGAAACACGUACGGAGAUGGAGAAUAUGGAGGCGGAAGGGGGAGAGGAGUGGGAAGAAGAAGAGGAGGAGGAGGAGGAGGGCGGGAUAGUGUCUCUCCCAGUGGUGCAGAUAGCAGGAGGGCACUGCUACCUGCUCGGGUUGACCUGCGCCAACGAGCGUCACGGCAGGUUGUGGUCUGGGCGGCAAGCUAGGCCACAGCACUCUAGUGGUCUUACCACCAUCUCUUCCCCCGCCCAUCCCCUCUUUCCUGCCCCCUCGUCAAAACCCCUCCUCUCUCUCCCCCCUCCUUUCCUCAGGUCGGUCUGGUCCAUAGGUUGUGGUCUGGGCGGCAAGCUGGGCCACGGCACAAAGUCUGUCUGGUCUAUUGGCUGUGGUCUGGGCGGCAAGCUAGGCCACGGCACAAAGUACGACGAGCGCCGCCCGAAAGAAAUCGCGCACUUCAAAACCCUAGAGUUCGCCCCCACAGCCGUUGCUGCGGGCGCGUGGCAUGCUGCUGCUGUUGCUGCUGACGGGAGAGUUGCCACGUGGGGGUGGGGCAGGCACGGGUACGCAGCUGCCAGCAGGGAUGAAUCGCACGGCUCACGUGGCAAGCUCCGCCCAGCUGUGAAAGCAUGCCACGUGGCAGCAGGGGAUUACACGACGUUUGUGGUGGGGGAGGGCGGCGAGGUGUGGUCGUUUGGGAGCGCGGAGAGCGCGUGUUUGGGGCAUGGCGGCGGGUGGGAGAGGGAGGAGGAGGAGGAAGGGGAGGAGAUUGACGAUGCUGAUCUUCAUGAUAUCGUGUUGCGGCAGCACCGGUGGCGCUAUCGGGAUGUGAUGCAGCCGAGGCGGGUGUCUCUGCUGGAAGAGCGAGCUACCCACCCACCUGCUUCUCUUACCCCUCACUCCCACUUCAUCCCCCUCUUUUUCCCCAACCCUCAUCAGUUGCGGCAGCACCGGCGGCGCUAUCGGGAUGUGAUGCAGCCGCGGCGGGUGUCUCUGCUGGAAGAGCGAGCUACCCACCCACCUGCUUCUCUUACCCCUCUUGCUCUUCCCUCUCCCUUACACUGCCCACUCCCCCCACAUUCUCCCAGUUGCGGCAGCACCGGAGGCGCAACCGGGAUGUGA